AGAGAACGAGUACGAGUUCAGAAAGAAGUUUCUAAAAGUUUUCAAACGCGGAGGGAUCAUUACUCAGGACGACAAAGAGGUUUCAUCGCUGAUCGAGAGCAAAGUCUUCAAAUAGAAAAAUGCCAGGUGAACGGUUGACAGUAAGAGACACAUCAGAGGUGGGGCGCUUCCCAGGAGCAGCCCCGCCGACCCGGGUGGAGUUGACCAUUGAGAAAGAGGAAGAGAAAAAGCAGGAGAAAGGAGGAUGUUGCCGCUGGUUAAGGAAAAUCUGCCCGUGCUGCUGUAAGCCCCAGAACAUCACCUCUCAUGAUGUUACAGACAGGAUUGAGGUGGUCAAACCCCCGGCCCCAAUCGUGGCCCCAGAGCCUGUUAAGCCAAAGCCAGAGAAUGGAGAAGCAAAGGAAAUGGAAGAAUUGAAGUUGUCAGUGGUUUCUGUGGACCUGCUGAGCUCCAAGCUAGGUCAGAACAGACGAGAGCACCACACCGACCAGUUUGAGGAGAGCGAGCUGAUCAUCCGCAGAGGGCAGACCUUCCAGAUAGAGAUGGAGCUCAACAGGCCCUUCAAUGCUGACACUCACAAGCUGCAUCUGGACCUGAAAACAGGUUCGCUGCCCAUCGUGUCCAAAGGCACCCAUGUUAUCAUUCCACUGGUGGAUCAUCUGGAGGAUGAACGCUGGGAGGCCAAGAUUGUAGAGCAGAACGGCAAGAAGAUCAAGCUGUCAGUCAACUCGCCACCCAAUGCUGUGAUUGGCCUGUAUGGCCUAACAGUCACAACUGGCUUGCUGGCGAGUGAGACCACGAGUUCUUACACAUCCAACAAGAACAUCUUCAUGCUCUUCAACCCCUGGUGUGAAGAGGACAUAACGUUCCUGGAUGACGAGGAAGAGAGGAAGGAGUAUGUGCUGAAUGACACUGGGAGACUUUACUAUGGCACAGAGAAACAAAUAGGCUCUCGCACAUGGAACUACGGGCAGUUUCAUGAGGGGAUCCUUGAAGCAUGUCUGUUCAUCCUGGAAAAGAGCGACAUGCCUCCAUCUGGUCGAGGGGAUGCUGUCAAUGUGGUCAGGGUCAUAUCUGCCAUGAUAAACGCUCAAGAUGACUUCGGGGUUCUGGUUGGGAACUGGUCAGGGAAUUACGCUGGUGGAGUGUCUCCCACGGCAUGGAGCAGCAGCGUGAAGAUCCUGAGGAAAUACCACGCCUCCGAUGGGAAGCCUGUGGAAUACGGACAGUGCUGGGUCUUUUCAGCGGUCACUACAACAGUACUCCGCUGUCUUGGCAUACCUGCACGAAGCGUGACCAACUUCCAGUCCGCUCACGAUACUGACGUAUCCCUCACCACAGAUGUAUAUUUCGACGAGAAUAUGCAGCCAAUUGACUACCUCAAUAGUGACUCUGUCUGGAAUUUCCAUGUAUGGAAUGACUGCUGGAUGGCCAGACCAGACUUGCCGCCUGGUCAUGGAGGCUGGCAAGCUAUUGACUCCACACCCCAAGAGACCAGCCAGGGCACCUUCCGAUGUGGGCCUGCAUCUGUCAACGCCAUCCGUUCCGGCCAGGUGUACCUCAAACAUGACACACCCUUCAUCUUUGCUGAGGUAAACAGUGAUAAGAUCUACUGGCAGAGGAAUCUCGAUGGUACUUUCAGUCAGAUCCACAGUGAGAAGAAAGCUGUUGGCCACUUUAUCAGCACCAAAGCAGUGGGUUCUGAUGAACGGGCAGACAUCACACAUCUGUACAAAUACCAAGAAGGAUCGGAAGAGGAACGCAUCGCUGUGGAGACUGCCAGUCGCUUUGGCAGCAAGCCAGACGUCUACUCCACUCCCAUGGCAGAGGAUGUGAGCGUGGAGGUGAAGAUGGAUGGCGAGGGGCCCAGGAUGGGUUCUGAUGCCCAGCUGAGCAUCCUGGUGAAGAACCUGAGCUCGCAGCCCCGUCGGACAACGCUGCACAGCCAGGUGGCUGUCAUGUACUACACUGGUGUGCUGAAGGGCACCAUCAAGACGGAGCAGAUGCCUGUGGAGCUUUUGCCCAAUGAAGAAAAGACCAUUGAGUGGGUACUGCCCUACCAACAGUACCAGGACCAGCUGGUGGACCAGGCAGCCCUGAUGCUGACACUGUCUGGAAGAGUCAGCGAGACCAAGCAAGUGUUGGCCAACCAGACCACCUUCAGGCUCCGCACACCUGACCUUACCAUCACGCCUUUGGGAGAUGCUGUGGUUGGUAAAGAGAUGGCAGCCAAGAUUACCUUCACCAACCCACUGCCACGAACACUGAAGGGGGUCAUGUUCAGAGUGGAGGGCUUGGGUCUGCAGAAAGACCAUGAAGUGGUUGUCGGUGAUGUUGGCAGUCACUCUACGGUUACACUGACAGAACACUUCAUCCCCACCCACCCCGGACCCAGGAAACUUGUGGCCUCUCUCGACUGUAAACAGCUCUCGCAAGUGCACGGAGUGGCCAAUAUCGUCGUUCUCGAACAAUGAGCGGAAGCUUCCUGAGAUCACUUCCUGUUCUGUUUCUCACUUUUUCCUUCUGAACUUGUCAAAUAUUUACCAAGAGCCUCUAAUUAUAUGAAAAGUGUGCCAAGUUUUUAUAUCGUAAAAUAGCCUGUUUUGUUAUACAUCAAUUUUAUGAAUUUUUGAUAUUUUAAAACUAUGAAUAGACAAUUAUCAACUGUAGCAUAACCAAUUUUAUAUUUUUACUUAAAAUAAUAUAAAUACACAUUUCUGCCUUGCUCUGAAAUUUAUACACAGUUGUGUAUGUGCAGUGUUUAAUUACAUACAUUGAGACUAAAGCUCUUUAAUUAGCAAGCAUUCAUAUAUUAAGGUUAUAAACUGUACUGUUACACACAUUAGUGCAUUUCAAGACACUGAACAAAGCAAAUGAAGGUGCAGAGAUUCAGGUCACAAUUAUUUCUUGUAAAUACUGUAGAUGUAUUAUUCAUAUAACGUGUUAUAAGAUGAAAAGUAUGUGAAAAGUAUUGUCAGACAAAAUGAACCUCACAUGGCUUUCAUGAAGGAAGGGUACUGUGAAAUGUUUUAAAGGGAAUGAUGGCAUUGACAUUUUGCAAAGAGUACAUUACAGUUUCCCCAAUUUUUUCGGUUUAAUUAUAUUUGACUGACAGAGGAUUUUAAUAUUGUUGGAAGACAAUGUUUAAGUCAUUUUUCUAUGCAAAUGUACCAUGUAGAUUUACAAAGAAAAAAUCUACAAGGACAUUUCAAAAAUGUUCCUUUAAUCAUCAGAGAAAAAGCAUAUUUAUAAAACCAUGAUUAUUUCCAAAACCAAAAGGUCAACACUCUGAAAACUGAAAUGUUCCCCUUUGCAGAAGGCAUGCCAAAAUGUUCCCUUAGAUGAAUUUCUACCAGAUGUUGUUCUUUAUUUUCUUUUGUGUGUUUGUGUGUUUCCAUCAUGUGUGAGUACAAUACUGACUUAAGCUUUAUGUAACAAGUACAGGCAAAAUUGGUCUUGUGACUGCUGUGAACUGUAACCAGCCAUAUCAAGAUGUGAGGUGUGACUGUAACUCUCCUUAGCUUUACGUGGUUCUAGUCUUGUUUAACCUCAUCACUCAACAUACAAUGUGAAGGAAUCUAUUAUAAUAACAAAUAUACUAUUUAUCUACUUUGUCUACCAGUGAUGUUUUUAUGCCUCUGUGCCCGAGGCAUUAUGUUUCGGGUUGUCCGUCCAUCUGUCCGCCCCAUGCUCAUGAAUGCGAUAUCUCAGGAACGCUUUGAGGAAACGUCUUCAAAUUUGGUACAGAUGUCCACUUGGAUUCAAGAUUGAACUAAUUAGAAUUUGGUGGUCAAAGGUCAAGGUCACUGUGACCUCACAUCUGUCCCAUUCACAUGAAUGCGAUAUCUCAGGAACACCUGGAGGGAAUUUGUUGAAAUUUAGCACAUCCAUUGGUGGCUGAAGGUCAAAAGUCAAACAUAAUUUUGGACAUAACUCA